CAAACCAACUAUACAUGAUCUUCGAAGCUAACACGCCCCUCUUGCAUUAUAUAAACAAACCCAUAAGCUCUCUCGAAGCUUUGCAAUUCAAAAGAAAAUCAAUGGCUGAAUUCUCAGAUGAUUUCCUCAAGCCCUUAUCUCUCCCUUUCCUUUGCAUGGAUUCAACCAUGGAAUGCAUAGCCCAAUUUGAAGAUCUCAAUCCCCAUGUCACGAACACUCCCACAUUCAAUCUACAUGCAAUGAUGGGCUUCUCCAAUGACAUUUUGUUCCCACACCAACCCGAAUUCCCAACACCUUGCAGCGACAACCUUUCGGGUUUUUUCGCAUCCGACGAUCCGAAUUCUAUGCUUGUUUCUCAGUCCAUGGCUUGCAUGGGAGAUGGAAAACAGGAGUGUAAGAAGAGGAAGGCCAGACCGGUUUCAAAAACCAGCUCUGGUAGCUGUUCUUCUAUUCAAGUUUCCAAUAGUGGGUUUGAGGAAGGAGAUAAAACUACAAGAAAAACCAGGCUAGGGAGAAGAAAGAGAGGUAAAUGCAAUGAGAAACAAGAGGAGAAACCAAAGGAGGUGGUCCAUGUGAGAGCAAGGAGAGGCCAAGCUACUGAUAGUCACAGCCUAGCUGAAAGGGUAAGAAGAGAGAAAAUCAAUGAGAGAAUGAGGUGUUUGCAAGACCUAGUUCCUGGUUGCUACAAGGAUAUGGGAAUGGCAGUAAUGUUGGAUGAGAUAAUUAAUUACGUGCAGUCAUUACAAAAUCAAGUUGAGUUUCUUUCCAUGAAGCUUUCAGCGGCCACUUCUUUCUAUGACUUCAGCUUGGAUAUAGAAUCUAUUCAAACACCACAGAUGUUCCCAUUCCAAACAUCCACUCUCUAAAUCAGAUUACAGAUAAUGAGAUUUUUCAUGUCAUUACAAAAAACAAAGGUUGUACUUUUGUAACUUUGAGCGUCUUUCCAUUGUUUUCAUAUGAUAGUACGUGUAACGCUUGGGUGACAAUGCUACAAUUGUACAAAUAUGAAUGUGCAUUUAUGCGAUGGGCGCCCAACAA